ACGAAGACACAUGCAAUUUUGUCUUUACUUUCCUAAACAAAACUUUCUUUGUUUCCAGGAGGAUGGUACAGUGGAAUACUUCAACAACAUCAUUGUCCAGCCCCAUCUCCGCCUGGUGACGGGCCAGGGUCGAGGGUACCACGUCGCCUGCCGAUAUAGGCGCCGAGAUCUCACACACUUCCAUCUUUACAGACCAAGAGCUGAUCGGUUGACUAAUUCUCUAGCAGAUGAUUUUAGUACUGAUCAUAGCAAUGAAUUCGACGAGGACUCCGGUCUACUGCCCUCAGUAUCUAUGAAGAUCUAUAAGGGAGACCCCGAAGAUGAACAAGUGGCGUCAAACGUUCGUAUUGGAGAUAUCCUGAGCCUGGUGGUGUCGCUGGAGAAGCAGCGUCAGUUCGGUCUGCUGGUCUCCGAGUGUUCCGUGAGAGAUGGACUGGGUUGGGCAGAGCAGAGUCUCAUUGCUGAUGAUGGGUGUCCCCUAGACGGUGAGAUAAUGGGCCAGUUCCAGUACUCUACCGACCGACAGACGGCCAAGGUCUCGUUCCCUGCUCACAAGUUCCCCUACACCGCCAGCGUGUACUACACCUGUGAAGUCAAACUGUGUGACCUCAAACAUCCUACCGAUUGCGAGCCGUGCGCCCACAAGCGCCGCGUGCGCCGUGACGACGAAGGGUCACCAGCCACUGUGGAGCUGUUCAAGGGCCUGUAUGUAAACGAAGCCGACUCCCCGGAUAAUGACGAAGUUACUAGUGAGAAGAAGGAAGACGAAAUCUGCAUAUCUCAGCGUAACUUUGCCAUCGGAAUUUGCAUAGCGGGUGUCAUUCUAAUGAUUUGUGUGAUAGCCGCGAUUGCUUUCAUUCUGGCAAGGAGGCGGAACCCGAAGACAUACUCUAGGACAGGCAGCUCGUUAUACAGUGGUCCUUACACGAACACUGGAUACUCACAUACCAGUUAAACUUGAUUUUGGUACAUGUUUUCAAUGCAAAUGAUAUAAAUACAACACUAAAAAAUAUUCCCUAGCUCUUGGACUAUAAAAAGUUGAUUAUUUCAUAGAAAAAUAUGAAAAUGUCAAAUGGUCUCCUGGACUAUAUGGAUGAUGGGGACUUUUUUUUCAUAGCUCCUAAACUAUAGCGUGUAUUGUAUGUCGUUUUGCAAAGUGCCAUCUAAAUAUUGGACAUAAUAGUACUUAAUAUUUUUAUAUUUUACACAUUGAUUUCAAAAACAACGAAUUUUGUAAUUAAAUGAGAAAUCUAAAUUAUUUAUGAAACCGUUUUUGGUAAGUGUCAAUUUCAGUCGCCAUUUUGAUUUAGAGAUUGACAUUUUAUUUUUUAAUAAUGUUGCAAAUCGAAUAAUUGGAAUCGAAGACAUUUUAUGUGAGUGAAAAAAAUUAUUAAAAAUAUUGAAUAGUUGUGUUUCUUAUCACAACAAUUGAGUCAUAUUUUUAGUAUUUAGUUUUUUAGUUUAUGUAAUUUUUUACCACGUGUAUUAAAUUUACCAUUACAAUAAAAUAGAAAGGAGUGCAUCUGUGUCAGAAUUAAAUAAUGAAAUAAGUAUAUUAAAAUAACAAAUAUCACAUUUAUACACUCCGAGAAACGUAGAAAUAUGUAAAAAUAAUGUGAUUAUGUGGUUUUUAAAUGAGCUAAUGAUAAAUGUUUUUUUUAAUAUUACAAUAUUUAAGAAAAUAUUCAAAACUCAUUUAGAAACAACAUUUUCUCAAAUAUUUAUAAUAAUGAUAAAAUUUUGUGAUAAUUCAUUUGUUCGUAUACGUCGUGAUUCGAUAUUUUUUUAAUUAAACAUUUUUAUUUUUAAGUAUUACACCGGUUGCCUUGCAUAUUACGUAAAUAUUUAGAAAUAGACGACAAUAGUCAUUUUUAGGGUGAUUUUAAAGGCCUGUAUGACUAGAUUUUAAUUAAUUUAAAAGUUCCUUAAUUAUUAAGUUUAGGGAAUUUUAUUUUUUUACUUUAUUGGAACGUAGCAAGUCAUCUUUACCUGUCUUAAAGUUGAGAAUGAACACUUACAUCCAAUUAAACUUGAAUGAAAUUUUGAAAUUUUUCUUAGAAGAAAAAUAUUUUCGAAAAUUCCUUUUUUUACUAAUAUCUAGUUUAAAACAGGCCUUUUCUAUUCUGUUAAGGUGGCGGGAACAUGUUUUCUUCUACGCAAUUCAUAGACAAGUUUUAGUUUUCUGACUUUUUUAGUUACGUAACUAAAAAAACGUAUAAAGAGUCGAACUAAAAUUAAAAUCGACUACAGUAAUUGGACAAAAUGGAUGCCAUAUUUUUUAAGUUUUUAUGUUAAGUUUCCUUUCUGCCAGUAAUUCCGUCCAAACGGUGCUAUUUUAAUUGUUUAAAUAAUUGGCUUUUUUAUGUUGCUUUUUGCUUUUUUCUAGCGUCGUUGUCUAUUGAAAUUAAUAAUUUAUUUUUACACUGGAGAGUUAUAAAAAUAGUCAAUUACAAAUUACGAAGUAUUUAGAAAAAAAAAUUGAAUAUCUUUUUAUAAAUAACCACAUUAUUAUCUAGUAGAAAAAACAUUAUUUUGAAAUAAGUAUUCGCUUGCUAAAAGGCAUGUUUAUGUGUUUGACAUUACAUUUGUUUUUUUUUUGUAAAAAUAAAAAGGUUGUGUACUAUUUCAAUAGACAAUGACUUUUUAAGUUUUAUUUUUCUAUGUAUUUGUAAAGUUACAACGAAUUUCGAUAUACGUUUCAUACUACCCCAUUGUUCGUAUUAUUUUUAUUUUAUUUUUUUACUAAUAAUAAUAAUUAUUAAUAUAAUGAUGUGUAACUAGUUUAAUACAAUGGGGUUCUGGAACGAUACCGAGCGGUAAGACAGUGUACGAAUUUUUUUUAACAAAUAUACUGACUUG